CUUCUUGGUUACUCACUUCAUCUUACGAGAGUGGUGACUCAUGGAGCCAUUGUUAAAUGAGGGCAACAGCUCGGUUCAAAGGCCCUCCAAUGGGGACAUUGGGUACAAAGCUUCUUGGAGAUCUUCAAAGUCCAAGCCAUCUGAUCCAUUUGAGUACAUGAAUGACAAAAUCCUGCCAUGGAUCACCCAUCCAGAUCUUUGGAAGCUUGUUGAAGAGACGCUGGUUAGCUACCCCUUUGGUACACGUCAACAGAGGAAGCUCUUUCCUCACUACCACCCCCAAAACUUGUUGGGGAACAAGUUUCUCCCUCUUCGAGGAGCGCCCCACAGAGGGCCUGGGUGUUACAUAGCAGAAGAUGUAUAUGGAUUGGCAUACAACCUCUCUAAGAUCCCGACCAGUAAAAAAGGAUAUACUUUUGGUGCCAGAACAGCUGAGAGGUUUAAGGCGAUCAACAAGGACACGAUGCUUUACCCAGGCAUGUACCAGGCUUCAAAUCCUCAGGAGCAAAUACACAAACAAAAUUUUGCUCCAUUCAAUGCCUUGUUGCCUCGAUUUAAGACAUACUCAAAGGACAAUUCUUAUCCUGGCCCUGGCACAUACAACCCGGAGAUGAAGCCACCCCCCAAAAUCACUUGGCCAAUGAAAUUUGGAUCUCCAGACUGGGCUCAGGUUCCAUGUCUACAGAAAAGAACCCUAAAAGCUGAGUUGUCCACCGACAAGGACUUCAGAAAGCACCGGAACCGUGUGGCCUACCUAAGCCUGUUUUACAAUUGAGGUGCUGUGACUACCUUCACGCGCCCCUCCUGACCACAGAUCUAGGACUGAGGACAGGACUGCUCUUCCCCCCUGCACUGCUGUGCUCGCUUGUCUGCCAGCAUGGGACCAAGGGAGGGAAGGGACUCCUAACUCCUAUGUGAGAACAGAAAGACUACAUCAGA